CUCCUCUCUUCUCUCUCUGACAGUGACUACAUCAUAAAAGAGAAAACUGUACUUCUGCAGAAAAAAGACAAUGAGGGCUUCGGUUUUGUACUCCGAGGGGCCAAAGCCCAGACUCCCGUGGAGGAGUUCAGCCCGACCCCAGCCUUCCCCGCUCUGCAGUACCUGGAGUCUGUCGACGAGGGGGGCGUCGCGUGGCGCUCCGGCCUGAGGAUGGGAGACUUCCUCAUCGAGGUGAAUGGAAUCAAUGUAGUGAAGGUGGGUCACAGGCAGGUGGUGAACAUGAUUCGCCAGGGCGGGAACAGUCUGAUGGUGAAGGUCGUCAUGGUAGCGCGAAAUCCUGAGAUGGAGGAAAUGCCUAAGAAGAAAGUUCCCCAGCAAAGCAAACGGCUGACCCCUCCGGCUAUAGCUCUGCGCUCCAAAUCCAUGACUUCAGAACUGGAGGAGAUGGUGGAGAAAGCUGCCUCACCAUGGAAAAAGAAACCAGAUCACACAGAGAGCUCUCAAGCGCCAGAAAAGAAGAAGAGUGUCUAUCAAAUGGCCCUUAACAAGCUGGACGAGAUUCUAGCUGCUGCUCAGCAGACAAUUAGCACAUCAGACUCUCAGGGUCACAGAGGUCACGGGGGAAAGAAGGAACGAAACAAGGGCUUUAACGCUAAUGAGCAAACUCUCGAACAAUCAGGUGUUGGCAUGAUGUCAUCAGGGUCUGGGUAUGGUUAUAACCAAGCCCAGUUUUCAUCAGGCCAUUCAACUCAGCGUGCAAUGAUGAUGCGUCAGAAAUCCAUGGGAGUGACCGAGGAGGAGAGGGUACAUCUCCAUCCUCCCACUAUGAAGCUGUCUCGUAGUCUUUCUGUGCCUGGACCAGAGGACAUCCCCCCUCCGCCCGACACCUCAGCGCCUGAGCCGCCCCUGUCUGCCGGCGGACACACAGACAGGAGAGCGGCACCUACACAUUUUUAUGCUGUCCCUCCUCUGCCUCCAUCCCACCAUCUGCCUCAUAGCCAGACACAGCACAGGGUCCCGCCCAACCGCAGGAAUUUUUUUAAGAACGUCACACACACGCUCUUUCAUAUAAAGAGCCCAGCAUCAAACUUUUCAUAAAAGAAGUAUCACAGAGUGGAAGUGCAAGAAGUAUCACAGAAUGAUCCCAUGUGACAUGUACCAUACAUUUCAAGUGUUGGGGAGUUAUAUAGUAUCAUAAACUUAAAUGUAACAUAUU